GAAAGGUAGGGGGGAUGAGAGAUUUGUUGGAUAUCAAAUCUUUCUACCUGAUUGGUUUGAUGCUGUGAAUGGUGGAAAUUUGCGCAUGCCAUGUAUGUGCGGCAAGGAUUGAUAGGAGAAGGAUAUUAGAAUAUAUUUUCCUCACCAUGAAGUUCUAGAUUUUGGUAAUUUUAUUCUAAGUUGCGAUAUCGAGACGAGAAAAUGUUUUAACAAGUUAAAGUUGUGACGUCCUUUCAAUUGGAAGCUUUGGAUCGUUCGUGAUCAUGGCAUUUGUUCCCUCUUUAGCAUCUCAUGUGAGCAUGGAUGAUUAUCUUCUAACACGAAGAAGGCAGCGUAGAAAUCGAACCACGUUUAACCCACAGCAGCUAACUGAGUUAGAAGUCCUUUUUGAAAAAACACAUUACCCGGAUGUAUUUCUAAGAGAAGAAGUGGCCAAGAAAAUUAAUCUGUCUGAAGCUCGAGUGCAGGUUUGGUUUCAGAACAGACGAGCGAAAUGGAGAAAACAAACUCGAGCCCAACUCAUUCAGGAUGUUUGGCGGCGAUACAAGCUUGGGGCGGCUGCUCCACCUCCCGAUGGUUGGUUGGCGGCUCACAGAUUCCAAACCACUCCGCACACGGCACCGCCCUCCGCCAGCCCUACCCCAACCGCUCCGCCCCUCUACUCGGCUGUGCCCCAUGUUCUCUACAGCGAUAGACUUGCCGUUUCUCAAAGCAUAUUUUCUCCGAUGUCUUUGCCAUGUACCAUUUCGAAGCCUAAGAGCGACUGUUUCAGUUAUUAUACAUGCCAGCUGGGGCUGCCUCCUACUGCCUAUCCCCCUUCACUUUUUACUUCAUCAGCGCCCUCUUCCAUGCCCUUUGUCACGCCUCUCAAAUCCAUCUCCGCCCCAUCUUCUGCAACAGAAACUGAGGACAAAACACGGAAGAUAUCCCUUUCGUUUGCUGAGUGAAUUGAAGAUGUGUUACUAUAUUGUUGGUAUUUUAUGUAUGCUGAAUGCUUCAAACAGAUUUUCUGAGAAAUGUCACUCCAAUAGGAUAUCAUUUUCUUUCAAUUUACUUUAUGGAAGGAAAAUUUUGUACAUAUAAAUUAGUUAGAAAGA